AUGAAGAAGUUUACUUUCUCGAGGCCGGCGCGUAAGAAGCCACAGGAGCCUCCGCCGCCUGCCAUUCCGAGUACGAUGCCUAUGAGCAAGGCCCAUAAGAUUUUGGGCUCGACGCCGCUCAACAUCGACGCUCCUUAUCACGACCCUAAGCUGCCAACCGUGAGUGUUGGCAUGUACGACAACCAGGUCUUGGAUGAACCGGACAUGAACAUGCCCAGCGAGAAACGGAGAAACGAGCGCCAACCGUCCCCUUCCAACAGGUUGAGCGCCCUUACCGACAGCAUUGGAUUUGGGGCGAAGAAUCUGCCUGGCACUCUCAAAAAGGCCCAAUCGUCUUCCACCAUCAAAUCCUGGCAUGACAAGUCGAAGCACUCACGCUCUCUGUCGCGACAAGCUUCGAUCCCGGUCAUGAACAGUAGCCACUCGCCCAACACACAGGCUGCUCCCGAUGCUGAGGAGUCUCCCAGGUCGCGAAGGAAGCCCCCUAGGUUGGACUCCAUCGCGAUAGCGCCGCCGCUUCGAAUACCGGGACUAGAUUCGGCUGGUACCAUUCAUCACGGUAUCCCCGGCGACUCUGCCAACCCCACGGUCACAACACCACAUUCUACGGCAUCUCAUCGGCAGAGCGAUCUUCGUGGCAUGUUCAAACGGCGAACCAAGGACAGCUUCCGGUCUUUCAUGACGGAUAGCACGCCGCAAAGCGCUGUCGAAGGUCGUCGGAUGACGUCUCAUGCUUCAGAAAACAGGCUCUCUACGUUGUAUAACCACUAUGAACAGAUGACCUUUCGAGAUGCUGAGGCUGAGCCCGACUUCAUGGGUGGCGCUGACAACAGGAAAGAUUCAGCCGGCGGCCAGGGUGAAGCGCAGUGGCGAGAGCCGCGCACACGGCAAAACCUCGACUGGCUUCACAAGCCCCUCAGUGAAUCAAACGAGCCGCAGCCGAUGGCCCAGACGGAGUACUCAUCGUCUCCAGGCGAUGGUGCCAGGAGUGUUUCAAGCAGACACACCCGAACUUCUAGAGCCUCUCGGCAAACCGACAGCGGCAUCAUUCAAGAAGCUGACUUUUACGACAAGAGUGUUCUGCUCUUGUCUUCCGAUUCUGAACAAGAGGAAGAAGACGACGAGGCGAAGGCAUCCGCCAGAGACCAUCUGCCUCUUCCCGCGCGGCCCUUGCCAGAAGUACCAGGCCACGGCCAGACGAGGCCGUCACGAGCGCGGCAGGCAUCGGGUGGAUUGCCGAGCAAGAAGACGAGCUUCGCGUCGUCCAACGUUUACAUCGCUGCUCCUGGCACUGAACGGAAACGCAUGUCGCCAUCCCCUUCUCGGCUGAACCCGCCUCUGAGGAACAGCUCUCGUGCUUCUUCGCCCAAGCCUUCCGUGGGCUCCACAAACUCGACUGGCUCAGGCAUGACCAGCCAGAACGGUUAUGGCGCAGAAGAGUCGCAUCUCACGACAGUUCUGCCAGCCCGUCGCCCUUCGCAGGCAGAGCUGGAUCGGCAAAAGGCUUUGGCUCAGUUGACAAGCGGCUCAGGAUCGUCAUUGCGCCGCGGAUCUGUAGCAACAUCAUCCGGCCAGACCGACCAUGACGUACCCGUGCCACCGAGCCCAACCUCAGUCAAUCGUUAUCUACGAUCCGCUCGAUCGUCCGUCGACGAUUCUGCCAGUCAGGGCUGCGUCAUGACGCUUACUCGCCAGGAGGAGAUGCUAAUAUCAGCCCUCCGUAAGAAAACCCAGGCUAUGCGGGAGAAGUCGCAGCUGGCUUCCGCAAGCAAUCCGCAGCAGGAUACGUUCCAAACCCGAAGACACGUUUCAAAUCCUUCCCAAGUAGUGACGGACUCGAUGCUCGACUUUGACUUUCCCGCGCCGCCGACCCAUUCAACGAAAUCGCGACAAUCAGUGGCGAGCUCGUUCAUGAGCACGCCGAUUACGGAACACCCUGACGGCGAAGACGACAACUAUCGAGCGCCUUCUCGCUUGACCGCGGACACGGGAUCCGAAAGAGCGUCUUUUGUCUCUUCCAUUCGCGGGCCAGAGGACUUUGCCGAAGCGCAGGACGUCCUCGUCUAUCUCGACCAAGGCAAGCACUCUAGCGGCCAGUGGAGUCAGGUUGGAAGCGACGGCCAACCUGUAGAAGAAGCGGUUUUAUCAUCGGGCUUCCAGUCCGUUCCAUGGGACUACCCAGAAGAGAAUCGCCCGUCCAAGGCCAAGGCAAGAGCGCCAUUGCGACAUCAAAAUCAGACCGACUACAUGUCCCCUUCUAAGCUCACCAGGCUUUCCGAGGACGGCAACGAGGAUAUGCCCCGACCAGACAGCCCAAUAUCCAACGAGACAUUCCCACAACCGCAGCAGCCACGCCGUGCCGCAAUGAACACGGCCCGUUUGAGCGCUGUAGGGUUCGUGCGGAGAGAUCCCGAGCUGGGAUGGUGGGGAGACGACGACUGA